UAGAGUGUGCGCGAGGUUGUUGCUCCCCAAUUCUAUGGAAGACCAAAGUGCAGGAAGAAGAGGCAACCUGCUGCCACAAGUGUUAUGGUUCUUCUUCAUCGCCGCAUGCGUAAAGCUUCUACUUGUCCCAUCAUAUCACAGCACUGACUUUGAAGUUCACCGCCACUGGCUAGCUCUCUCUCAUUCUCUCCCUGUCUCUGAUUGGUACUUGGACGAGACCAGCCCUUGGACUCUUGAUUACCCUCCAUUUUUCGCCUACUUUGAACGAUUCCUCUCCAUUUUUGCGCACCUCAUCGACCCUGAGAUUGUCGAUAUUCAAAAUGGUCUAAACUACAAGGCCAAUUCGGUUAUCUAUUUUCAGAGAAUUAGUGUUAUUUUAUCAGAUUUGUGGCUAUUGUUUGGGGUUUAUAGAUUGAGUAAAAAAUUGGAGGUUAAAAGGCGAGAUUUGAUGUGGGUAUUAAUUAUUUGGUCUCCUGGGCUGGUGAUUGUGGAUCACCUGCAUUUUCAAUACAAUGGGUUUUUGUUGGGUUGGUUGUUGCUCUCGAUUUCGUUUCUACAAGAAGGGAGGGAUUUAAUGGGUGGGUUUGUUUUUGCGGUAUUGUUAUGUUUCAAGCACUUGUUUGCUGUAGCUGCUCCGGUCUAUUUUGUUUAUUUAUUGAGACAUUAUUGUUGGAAGGGCAUGGUUAGGGGAUUUAGCCGUCUUUCUGUAAUGGGUGCGUUGGUUGUGGCGGUUUUCGCAGCGGCUUAUGGGCCAUUUGUGUACCAUGGGCAGAUACAACAAGUCCUACGCCGCAUGUUUCCCUUCGGCAGGGGACUUUGCCAUGGUUAUUGGGCUCCAAAUUUUUGGGUUUUCUAUAUUCUAUUAGACAAAGAGCUUGCUUUCUUUCUCAGAAAAGUAGGUUUUAAUAUCCAAGUGCCGUCAGCUUCUUUCACCGGUGGCCUUGUAGGAGAUUCGUCACCUUUUGCUGUACUCCCUCAGAUCACCCCAGUAACCACCUUUAUCAUGGUUUUGCUUGCCUUGUCUCCUUGUCUGAUCAAGGCUUGGAGGAAUCCCAUACCUGGGAUGAUUGCUAGAUGGAUAGCUUAUGCCUACACCUGCGGUUUUUUAUUUGGGUGGCAUGUACAUGAGAAAGCAUCGCUUCACUUCGUGAUUCCCCUGGCUAUUGUUGCAGUUCAAAGUUUGGAGGACGCAAGGCAUUACUUCGUGUUGUCUAUAGUAUCUUGUUAUUCACUAUUCCCACUGCUAUAUGAAGCCCAAGAAUAUCCAAUAAAAGUUCUGCUGUUGCUGUUGCACUGUGCUUUGAUGUGGAUUGGUUUUUCUGCACAAUAUGCUGAAGAUGCAGUAGCUAGAGCAACUGCAACUGCAACUGCACCUGCACCUGCACCUGCAAAGAAAAAAGUUGCUCAAUCAAAAUUGAAGGCUGCUGCUUCUGAUGAAGGUGGAUUUGUUAUUGGGUGGAUUGGGAAGAUUUAUCUGUUUGGUCUUUUGGUUGUUGAGAUAUGGGGUCAGUUUUUACACCCUUAUCUUCUUGGUGACAAGCUUCCUUUUGUACCACUAAUGUUGAUGUCAAUAUAUUGUUCACUAGGGAUAAUGUAUUCUUGGAUUUGGCAGCUGAGAUGGAUAAUUAAACCCACCUGAUUUCAAUUCCCUGGGUGAUGUUUGUAUACGAACGUGACAUCUUAACACAUUUCUUGUAUUCAUAUGGACAAUUUUGGUAAUCAAAAGAUUUGUAACAAAAAACAAAAAAAAGCUUUGAGGAGUACCUAAAGAAGUCUUUUCCUUACUAGAAUUCCGCAUGAUUGUGCUACAAUGGAGUUGUAAGAUUUAUCUGCUGCAUUUGGUUAUUUUGCGUAAAUUUCAACGGGCCAGUGUCUCGACUUCAAUAUGGUUGUUGGUCAUUACUUUUUUGUUUU